GGAAACGGAGACUACGACUCCCGGCACCCCCUGCGCUCCAGCGCCUGCGGGAAAGAUGGGAGACGAAGAGGAGAAGCAGCAGCCGCGCGUGCUGCAAAUGGUACGAGCUGAGGGGUCAGAUAAGACCUGUAUCACCUUUGUGCUCAACAAUGAAGAUCACACCCUCGGCAAUUCUUUGAGAUACAUGAUUAUGAAAAACCCUGAAGUUGAGUUUUGUGGUUACAGCAUCACCCAUCCUUCGGAAAGCAAAAUCAACUUCCGCAUCCAGACCAGAGGAGGCCUACCUGCUAUAGACGUGUUCCAGAAGGGACUGGAAGACCUUAUGGGUGUCUGCCAACACAUCCUUAACACAUUUGAGGCAAGCGUAGAAGAAUACAAAGCCAUGAAGGACGUGACAAUGCAAUAGUAUGUCGACAGCCGCAUAAUGGAUAAAACUCUGCCUACAGCAACGGGUUGAGAAGCUAGGACUUAUUAAAAAGACAUUUUGUUUUUGCUUU